AUGACGGUACUACUGCGAGAUGUAGUCGAGGGUCAGAGCAUUCUGAUGGCGGCACUACUGCGAGAUGUAAUCGAGGGCCAGAGCAUUCUGAUGACGGCACUACUGCGAGAUGUAGUCGAGGGUCAGAGCAUUCUGAUGGCAGCACUACUGCGAGAUGUAGUCGUGGGUCGGAGCAUUCUGAUGACGGCACUACUGCGAGAUGUAGUCGAGGGUCAGAGCAUUCUGUUGGCGGCACUACUGCGAGAUGUAGUCAUGGGUCAGAGCAUUCUGAUGACGGCACUACUGCGAGAUGUAGUCGAGGGUCAGAGCAUUCUAAUGGCGGCACUACUGCGAGAUGUAGUCGAGGGGCGGAGCAUUCUGAUGGCGGCACUACUGCGAGAUGUAGUCGAGGGUCAAAGCAUUCUGAUGGCGGCACUACUGCGAGAUGUAGUCGAGGGUCAGAGCAUUUUGAUGACGGCACUACUGCGAGAUGUAGUCGAGGGUCAGAGCAUUCUGAUGGCGGCACUACUGCGAGAUGUAGUCGAGGGUCAGAGCAUUCUAAUGACGGCACUACUGCGAGAUGUAGUCGAGGGUCAGAGCAUUCUGAUGACGGCACUACUGCGAGAUGUAGACGAAGGUCAGAGCAUUCUGAUGGCGGCACUACUGCGAGAUGUAGUCGAGGAUCAGAGCAUUCUGAUGGCGGCACUACUGCGAGAUGUAGUCGAGGAUCAGAGCAUUCUGAUGGCGGCACUACUGCGAGAUGUAGUCAUGGGUCAGAGCAUUCUGAUGACGGCACUACUGCGAGAUGUAGUCGAGGGUCAGAGCAUUCUAAUGGCGGCACUACUGCGAGAUGUAGUCGAGGGGCGGAGCAUUCUGAUGGCGGCACUACUGCGAGAUGUAGUCGAGGGUCAAAGCAUUCUGAUGGCGGCACUACUGCGAGAUGUAGUCGAGGGUCAGAGCAUUCUAAUGGCGGCACUACUGCGAGAUGUAGUCGAGGGUCAGAGCAUUCUGAUGGCGGCACUACUGCGAGAUGUAGUCGAGGGUCAGAGCAUUCAGAUGGCGGCACUACUGCGAGAUGUAGUCGAAGGUCAGAGCAUUCUGAUGGCGGCUCUACCGCGAGAUGUAGUCUAG